AGGAUGGCCCUUCUCAACUACCCUGUUCCAGAGUUGGAUGUUACCUUGCAAGAAGUGAGCCGUGUCCUGCAGCUCACUUUAAGCCCUGACCUUUAUCCUGAGUUCAAAAGUACGCUGGAACAGCAGAGGGAGCUCCUUCAAGAGGCCCAGCAAAAAUUAGCAACCAUUGCUGCAGGCCAAGAGAACUGGGUGACGGAGCAAUUCAAGAGAGGUCUGCUUUCUUGUGUUGACCCUCUGCCCACCUCCACAGCCCUCCCUGUUGUUCUUCUUCCUUCCCAAGCAAAAGGAUGUACCCAGUUGGGGAGGGCAGCCGCUCUACUCUGGGCAGCAGCAAAGCUGCACAGUGAGCCCUUGUUACUGGAGGGCAAUGUGGCAAUGGAGCGCACACAGCAGUCUGAGGUAUUCGCUGCCAGCCGGAUUCCUGGCAGGGAUCAAGAUGAGAUUAAGGUCUACCCAGAUAGCCUCCAUGCCAUCAUCACCUGUGUUGGAGGAGUGUUCCCUGUUGACAUACUGUGGCGUCCCAGCACUGGUGGGCCAGUUUCUGCUCGAUCAUUCAAUGACAUCUAUAAACAGCUGGCUCAGGUGAUGGAUCAACCCAGAGCAGGAAAACAGAAUGAUCCCUCUGCCAUUUGCAGCCUCUCAGCUCUGGAGCGCAAAACCUGGGCUGCCACCAGGGAAGAAAUUCUGGGGCAAGGAGGGGAUUCAGCAGCAUCACUGGGGCUGAUGGAGAGUGCCGUGCUGACACUGUGUCUGGAGGAGUGCAACGCACCCUCUGAACUGGCCGAUAUUCUCAAUGCAGUGAGAUUGGGAGGAGGAGGAGACAGUCCAUGUCUGAGAUACUAUGACAAGGUGGUGAACCUGGUGGUGUUCAAGGACAGCACAGCUGGGAUGAUGUUUGAACACAGUGCUGUGGAUGGGAUGGUGGCUGGACUUGUGACUGCAAGUGUUUACAAUAUGUCUGAGACUGCUGACCUAAAUCUAGUCCAUACUGACACAAACACAAAUCAGUCUUUCCCAUUGAACAAUGCUAAUGUUGAUGCUGUUUUCCCAACCUCCCUAACAUUCUCCUUGCAAGGUGUAAAUACCCCCAAAGUAAGCACUUCCUUACAAGCAGCACACCCAGUUCUCACUUUUGAUGUGCCCUCCUAUCCUGAUGUCUUUUCUACUCUGAGAGGGCAGAGAGGCCUGUAUGAUGCUUGGAUCAAUUUCUCUUUGCAGCUUUCCCUAAAGCAGACUCUUGGGGAAUCUGCUGCCAAUCACAUACUUGUUACACCUACCCAUAUGCGCCACUACAAACAUGGCCGUUGUGAUCCUACGUACUCACUCACCAUGCAUUCUCACAAGUUGGUAGGUGCCUUGGCAUCAUGUAUUGGCCCAGAUAACACAAUCCAAUACACUACUGACCUCCUACACUUGUUCCAUGUUGCAUUUCUGGAACAUAAGAGCAUCAUCAAAAACACCAAAAAAGGUCAAGGAGUCGGCCCCCAUAUAGCCACCUUGCGUCAAUCAUUGCCAUCUGACAACCCACUGAAGAAGUACCUGGACCCGUUUGGGUGUCCAUCUGUAUACCUCACAGGUACAGAUCUGAUGGAGGGUGUGGAGUGUGGAGUAGGGAAUGUUUAUGCCCAAGAUCAGCUUGCUGUAACCUACCUUGGGAAGAGAGACAAGAUUCGCAUUGUGCUUAAUGGGAAAGGGAGCUUUGCUCUGGUCCUGGAGAAGCUUCAAGAAAACCUGAAGAAAAACCUGAAGCUAGUGAUGCUUCUAGCUGUUAGAUAUGCUAUUGCAUACCAAAUGGGAGCCCUGGAGUGUAUACUCCAAAAGGGUCAAACAGAGAAAAUGAAUGGAGAGACAUAUCACUGUCCAGAGAACCUAAACAAAACCACUGCUGACGCCACUUCUGGCAUGAGCCCAGACUAUAAUCUGGUGAUCCAUGGUGGUGCAGGGGAGGUGAUGAUGCUGAACACCGAAGUGAUCGGAGUUAUUGAGUUUUCUCUACAGACAGCCUUAACCCUUGGAACCCAAGUGCUUCAACAAGGGGGCAGGAGUCUGGAUGCAGUUCAGAGGUCAGUGGAAGCUCUGGAGGACUGCUUUCUAUUCAAUGCAGGUAAAGGCUCAGUAUUCAACAAAGAUGCCAAAAAUGAAAUGGAAGCAACCAUCGUAGAUGGCAAUGCAAAAGGCUCAGGAUCUGUUGCUUGUGUGCAGAGUGUGAAGAACCCAAUAAAAGCAGCCAGGUGUGUCCUUGAGAAAAGCUCACAUUCACUAAUUGUGGGAGAUGGGGCUGAGGAGUUUCUGCAGGGGUUGGAGGAGAAAGAGAAGCCUGUUGGGCCUGAGUAUUUCUACACUGAUAUACGUCACAAAGAGUUAACUGCAAAGCUUAGUGGUGGUAAUACCUCAAAAAACAAUCACCCUCAGACAGUUGGAGCUGUGGCCUUGGAUCGUUGGCAUGGGUUGGCUGCUGCAUCCUCCACCGGUGGGUUAGUAGGAAAGCUGAAAGGGCGAGUUGGGGAUACAGCAGUAGUAGGUGCAGGAAUAUAUGCUGAUGACCAGGUAGCUAUUACCUGCUCUGGAGAUGGAGAUGUAUUUCUGAGACACACAGUUGCACAAAAAAUAGCCAGUCUCUACCAUCACAAAGGCUAUAGCCUUAGGCAGGCAUGUAGAGAAGUGAUGGCUGAAAAUCUGAAUGGGAUCUGUGCAGGAAUCAUUGCAGUGGACGCUAAAGGUGAUGCUAUCAUUGAAACAAAUGCUAGUGUGAUGUUUGUGGCCUCAAUGGUAAAUGGCAUUUCACGAGUUGAAGUCCUGAGGCCCCUGAAGAACUUCUCUGAUGUGAUCUGGGAAACAGAUGAGCUGGUUGCCUACCUUGAUCCCAACCCCUGGAUCCCUGGGUCAACCAUUCUGACUAGAAAAACUCUUAGUGGGGCAAGUAGCAUCUUUCAGUUGGCUACACCUGAUUUUGUGGCUAUGCUAAAAGGAGCAAGAGCUGUGUCGAGCUUGCUUUGUGAGCGUCUGGGAGUGCAGCGCUGUGCCUUGGUUUUCAACCCAACCCCUGACCACCCAGCAAAAAUCAGACUGCUCCCGCUUCAUGGCCUAGAGCCAAAGUGGCAGCCCCAUCUUGCCAAUGAAGAAGAAUUCCACACUCAUGAUCCUGGCUACUGCUUCCUCCAAAAAGGGCCCACUCGCAUUGUGCGUGGAGAGCAGCAACAAUGGAGAGUAUGGGAAGACAGUGAGCACGUUGCCUUUCUGACACCAUACCCCAACACUCCUGGACUAACUGUUGUGGUGCCACGCAAACCACUGUCCAGUGACAUCUUCAAACUAGAGGAAGCUGACUACAAAGCACUGAUCUUAGCCACUCAAAAAGUGGCCAGACUACUGGAAGAGAGCAUGAGAGCUCGAGGAGUUGCACUGAUCUUUGAGGGCUUUGAGAUUGACUAUGCUCAUGCCAAGUUGAUCCCUCUGUUACCUUCACCAGAUGGUACUAAUCAUGCUGAGCUGCAACCAGAAUGCUUCCAAAGCUAUCCUGGAUAUGUGUCAUCACUGGAUGGUCCAGCUGCUGACCCUGAGGCCCUCAAAACGAUCCAUACAAAAAUUACCCAGUGCAGGCCUCCUCGUUCAUGGGAAGACCCACAGUCUCACUCCACACUUGCCAUCAAGAGCCAGUGGUAUCGCAACCUGUUCCAGAUUCAAAACACUCUUUUCCACAGUACAGUGGAAUAUUUCCACACUUCCUGCCAGUACUCCUAUGCUCUAACCCCUCUCACCACAGACACCAUCUCCUCACCAAUGGGCCUAGGAUCUGACUCAGAACCAGUUUCUGUUAAUCUGCUGGGCCAAGACAUCUACCUGGCUGACUCAAUGCAAUUUGUGCUUGAAUACUUCCUUCGCUUCCAAGAGAACCUGCCAGGGACGUACUACAUCUCUCCCAGCUUCAGAGGGGAAGAUCCUGAUGCCACACACUUGAACCAGUUCUACCAUGUGGAGUGUGAACUGUUGGGUGACAUGGACAAAGCCAUGUCCAUAGGCAAGAAGGGAUACUUGCUCAUCCUUGUACCAGCUAUGUUGAAGAAAACACUCCCUGAAUGCUGA